AUGUCGGAAUCCCCAGAGCCCAAUGCUGUGGCACCGCUUCCCGACUUCAACACGGAUUUACCGUCUUAUUACCCGGUACAUCUGUCGCUCAAAAUGACAACGGAUUUUGCGCCACAUCUGUAUGUUAAACAAAUAGAUGAACAGCUCGUAACGGUGAGGAAUAGCGUCGACCGGUUCCUCAAAUAUAUGACUAGUAAUGUGCACUUAUUCCAGGACGAAAACGCCACGAAAUUCCUCGGCGCCCAGAGACAAAACUAUGCCGAUCUUCUCAUGCUGAAACACAAGCUCCUGAAUUACCAGGACAGUUUCAAGUCAACACAACGAAACAUUAUAGAGAGUAGGCGAAAUGAGCCGGACUUGAGCCUCGAAAACCUUGAUUUCUAUCGUAACAUGGACAAGGAGAACUUUGCAGAUUCCGUAGCCUUGACGCUCGACAACACCCUGGGUUCGGAUGACGCGUUUACACAAACCUUACAUGCUGACUCCGUCUACCAGUUUUUGAAAAACGCGCUUUUCGUCAUCGAAAACCCCGAAUACCCGCUUCCAGAUGAAUCCACGGACGAAGAGUUGGCUGUUUCUGGUGGCAAAGUGUCCCUAAAGGAUCCGCUUUCGAUGGACUACUUCUCCGAGCCUGUGAUCUCGCUGCGCUGUCAACAUGUGUUCGAAAGUAAGUAUAUCCGACAGCAGCUAGAGCAUAACUCCAAGAUCAAGUGCCCAAUCACAGGCUGCCAGGCCGAUUUAACUGCACGGGACUUGAAGGAUGAUAGGCUCAUGGCCUUGAGGAUCAAGGUAUUCCAGGCCAGGGCAAAAAAGAGAGAGCAGAGAGUCAGAAUUUGA